AAGCAUUCUUGACUUCUUCUUCAUCAUUGUCAAAAUGCCACGCGAUUCAUCCUCGCGAACGUCAUACAAAUCUCGAAAUGAUCAUCGGAACGGAGAUGGAUCAGAACCAUCCAAACGCAAGCCAAGAAAAAAGGUAAAACGAAAUGAAGCACAAGAAGAUGCAGAAGCAGAGAAAGACACAACUGCAGGUAGUGGAGUAAACAAGAUCAAAGCUGCAAUACGACAAACAAAGAGAUUAUUAGCAAAAGAAAAGAUUUUGGCUUCUGCACGUACGGAUGCAGAACGUAGAUUGACAGCAUUGGAAGAUGAAUUGAACAGAAGAGAAUUCUCACAAAAGGAACGCAAGAAUUCGACUCGCUAUCACAAAGUACGCUUCUUUGAGCGUCAAAAGUUGACUAGAAGGAUUGGAAAGCUGAAGAAGCAGUUGGAUGAAGACAAAGAUAAAGAGGACCUUCAAGCUGAUUUGAAAGAAGCAAGAGUGCUGCUCAACUACGUAUUACACUUUCCCAUGUCACAAAAGUACGUUGCUCUAUACCCAAGUCAAGGCCCAUCACCAUUAGCAGAAGAGGACGAGAAAGAAGAUGAAGAGAGCAAGAAAUCACGUCAUAGUAUGAGAAAGGUAAAGCAACAAAUUGUAGAAGCGAUGGAGAAGGGAGAAUUGAGUCAAGAGCCUGAAGUUGAACUGGAGAAUCGAUCAAAGGAGGAAGGAAGCAGCGUUCCAAAGAGACAAAAGGCCGCUUCUCUCGCAGCUGCACCACGCAAGAAGCAAAAGAAGGAUGAUGAUGAAAAGGUCGAUCCAAAUGCCAACAAUCUGGCAGAUGAUGAUUUCUUUGCAUAGUGUAUAUGCCAAUCUCAAUUGUAUUAUAGCCAUGUCAAAUACGAAAAUUUAGCCUUCCU